GCUUAUGCUGCUGUGUGCCAGUGCCAGUUCAUAACUGUCACUUCAGAUAAUUUACUCUCAAUAAAAUUGGUUUCGUUUAAUCAGUUAUUAGUCAAUAACGCUUUAAGAGGAAAACCCUUCAGUGCAUAAAGAAUUUGAGUGGAAACUUGGAAAAAUGUGUUUUAAGCUAUUGCAAAUAUUACCUUCUCACAGGAAGGAGACAUUAUGACCAGUAGCAAGUGGUCGUUGUUUAUAGUUAUUCUUUAGGAAAUGUAAUCGAAUACUCAAAUAUCACGCAGCAGUCGGCCAAUACGGAUUGUUUGGAUGAUUUAGCGACAACAUCCCGAUGUCAUAAGAGAAGAUGUCAGCAGUGCACUGUGUAGUGGUGUGGGAGUGGCAGUGCAAUGGACAGUGGCUGCCGCACACUCCCGGCGUCACUCGGACUCUGGAGCGAGCACAUGCCAAGAAACUGACAAGGGUGGUGCUCGCUGACGCUGAUCCUGUGCUGAGAGGACAUUACGUGAACCUCAGAACACUCACACAGUGCCUAGAUACACCAGAGGGUGGGAGUGCAGAAUGUGACGUGCGUCGGUCGUGCUACGGCGUGACGUCGCCCGCCGGCCGCGGCCUGCGCUGGGAGUGGGCGCCCUUCGUGUCGCCGCCGCUCGGGGGAGAGCUCAACUAUGAACCCUUGCCUAUGGAGGUGCAGUGCCUGCUGGAGGAGGCGCGGGCGCGGGGCGCGGAGUCGGCGGCGUUCGAGGGCUGGGUGGCGUCGCUGCCGCGCAUGACGGCGCGCGGGCCCGGCCUCGCGCUGCUGCGCCGCGCCGCCACGCAGCCCUACCCGCGGGCGAGGCUGCCGCCGCCGCACCCGCCGCCGCCGCCUGAACGACAGCCUCUUGAAGGUCGUCGCCCCCACAUUCCCCAGCAGCACACGGGGUCCAGCGUGCACUCGGUACAGUCCGUGCAGUCGAGCCACUCCGCGCACUCGGCGCAGUCGGCGCAGUCCAGCCAGUCCGCCGGCGCGGCGCCCGCCAGCACCACCAUGCCGCGGCAGGGCGCCCGCAGCGCCUCACCCCGGGACCGCAAGCCCGGCCUCGCGAGACAGAUAUUGCAUAACUUGAAUAUUUUUGGUCACAACAACAAGCAGUCCCCGCCAGCGGCCAGCAGCACACACAGCGAGGAGCUGUCGGAGGAGCAGCGCCACACCGACACCGAGUGCAGCAGCACGCGCUCGGGCCGCCGACACAGCGUUGACACCGUGUCCACGUACCUCAGUCACGAGAGCAAGGAGAGCUUGCAGCAAGCGUCAGUGGGCGAGCUGCUGAACUGCAGCGGCAGCAGCGACGACGUGUUCGAGCCCGCGCCGCCGCCAGACCUGCCCGCCAACGACGGCACCAUCGUCGGCGUAGAUGACGACGCGGCGGCGGUGUGCGUGUGGGUGCGCGCGGCGCCGUGCCCGCAGUGGGGCGCGCUGUGCCCCGCCUGCAUGGCGCCGCUCGACGCCUGCGCCGCGCCCGCUGUAGCACUCGCGCACUGCCAGCACCUGCUGCACCUGCACUGCCUCAACGCGCAGCUGGAGCGCCAGCGCGCCGCCGCCGUGCCGCUGCACAUCGAGUGCCUCGUGUGCGGCCGCAGCUACGGCCGCGCGGCCCCGCCCCCGGCGCCCGCCCAGCCGCGCGGCAGCAUGGCCUGGGCGCUGCAGCCCGCCGCGCUGCCGCAGCACCCGCACACCACCUCCUCCAUACUCGUCACAUACAACUUCCAGUCAGGCCGACAGGGUCCGCAGCAUCCAGAGCCGGGCGCUCCAUACUACGCGGUGGGCUUCCCGCGACACUCGCUGCUGCCCGACACGCAGCUGGGCCGACAGGUGCUGUCGGCGCUGCGCGCGGCGUGGGAGCGCGGGCUGCUGUUCGCGCUGAGCACGUCGCAGACCACGGGGCGCGAGCACGUGGUGACGUGGCGCGUGCCGCCGCCGCCCUCCGCGCCGCAGCACUACGCGCCGCCCGCGCACCCCGAGCGCCUGCUGCGCCACUCGCUCGCCCGACUCACGGCGCUACUGCCGCACCAGGACUGAGCCGCCCCAACCUCCGGCCCCCAACACUACGUGCCACCCUCCCACCCUGAUCGAAGCCUCAUAAGCCUAUGUAAGUCCUCUUGCUAACAAUACAAAACGUAGUACAGCGUGACAAGCUCGUUAGAGACACUCCUCGUCCACGCGGGGAACGGCACGUAGGCAGCGGUGGUGAUUCCAAGUAUGAGCGUUACUGGGUCAUCUGACAGAACUGUCAGUGAUGGGUCAUCACCAUGCCCCCGAUUGUAUUCUUUCAUUUCAAAUUAAAUUCCCCGGUAGUAGGACAGAAAGAAAUAUUGUUAUGUGUGAAGCGUGAAGCCAUUUUAUAUUGAAUGUAUUGUGUUAACCAUAUUUAGCAAAUUCAAUAAGUAAAUGAGUACAGUUCUGAGGUCGUAGAGAAUGUGAAUAUUUCCCAUAUUUUUAUAAUAUUUUUGUCAACGUCACAUUUUAAAUACUUUUAUGAAGGAAUUGGGAACAAACCUUUGCAACGUCGCUACAAGACGUCCCAUUUGCGUUCGCUUGAAUGCAUAUGAACAUAAAUACUCCCUAACGAACGAACGAACGGAAUUGACUGAAUACGGAAUUGAUAUACGUAAAGACAUUAUUUUUAUAAGCUUAUCAUAAAAACUAAUAUUUACAUCAUCGACCCACAGUGGGUUACUAUUAUUCAAAUGCUACAAACAAUUGAAAUCGACUUGAAUAAAGAGCCAUGACAACGAUCACUAGUAUAUUAGAUAGCUGUAUUGUUAUAGUUAUGGCAUAGUUAUAUUUAUAUACACAUAUAAUAUUUUACCUAUUUUGUGGGUAAGUUAUAUCUCAGACAAUCUGUCUUCCAGAUAAUGUAAUGUGUCUUCCUAUUCAUGCAUUAUUCCUAAGAGACUGAUAUAUAUUAUAUCUCUUUGUUAUACAAGUAUUAUAUUAGGUUAUAUAAAUAUAUCGACAAAUGGGUAUUAAUCAUGUUCAUACAUAAGACACUAUGCAUUUAUUGUAACUUAUAUAUCACAAUAUUAUUGUUGUUUAAUUUAUGCCCAUUGCCUAAGAACAUAAGCCACCGUAUUAGGCAUUGUAAUAAUAAGCUUUUAGUUAGUUAUUCAAAUAUAGUUUAAGUUUUUGGUCAAUUCUAGAAUGGUACUCAAAAAUGGAUCUUAAAACUGCGCCAUAAAGCAUACAUUCCAAUGCUUUUGAACGAGCUUUAAAUAAAAAUUAACCUUUGAGUAUUGUUUUAGAACGUAGACAUGAAAGUCUUGCCAGUUAGAUGGAUAUUAGUUAUUGCCACACGUGUGAAGAUGGCGCUAGCGUCGCUCGGCUCGUUUGAGUUAUAUAUGUACAAUGUGAAAGAAGAAUAUUCUCAUUAUGAACAUUAUCAAACAUAGUUAUAUAAAGACUGAGUAACCAUGUCAACAUAACUAUUUGAUUAUUCUGGAAGCCGGCCCCAACAUAGUUGGGAAAACGCUCGGAGGAUGAAUCAUCAUCAAUAUCGAAUAUCAAUUCGCGACGGCACACAUGAUAUGGUACCUAUUCUGAUUUCAAUAUUUAUGUGUAUCAAGUCAGAAAUAAGCAGGUUAGCGCCAUCUAGGAUCACGACGCUCAAUCUCCACUGUGCCUUAGUAGAUUAGAUCUAAGAAUUCCAUAGUUUUUAGAUAACUGCUUUAGGAAUAUUUAGUAGAUUGUUCGAAUGCCGCAUAUUACCUUUCCAAACUGAAAUAAGUAUUUUGUUAUUAUUGGCAACUAUUUUUAAACUUUUGAUUAUUUGUGUAUAAGUAAUAAGUUAAUAUGCAUUUAAAUGUUAUUCUAAAAUAACAUAGUAGUUGUUGAGUUGAUAAGUUUUCCAAUGUAAACGUAAUAGUUUACGUCAAUUUACUCGAAUAUUGUCUAUAGUGUAGUAAAUAAUUAUAAAUAUUAAUUAAUGUAAUAUGUCUUCCGAUGUAACAUUCUUCCAAUAAGCUUUACUAUUAUAGUUAGUUUUAGACAUCCAGCUAUUAUUUACAAAUAUUAUGUUUAGAUAGAAUGCUUUAUGCCAGUUAAUAAGGCUUGUAAUUGUAAAAUCAUCAAUCAAUAUAACAUUAUAAUUUAUGUUUGACCAGGUAUUUACACAAAAUGUUUUAUUUGAAAAUACACAAAAUAUUAUAAAACUAGCCGUUUUCCAGCGGUUUCACCCGCGACUCGUGGGAACUACUGUUACUCGGGAAGAGUGUAGUGACCAACAGUGAAAUAUUUUUUAAAACUAGUUUUGGAGCCUUUUUACUAUAUUAGUAUAGAUUAAAAAGACAGUAAUACAUUCCUUACAAAUGCUCGGAACUAUAAAGUUCGUUUAAUUAAUUCCUAGUAAAAAUAGUUGUUUCUCAUAUUUUCGAACAAAUAAUGCCAUUGUAAUUAUCUUUUAUAUAAUUUGUUGCUUCGAUGCAAUAUCGUUGAGUAAAUACUGGUUGUCUGUGAGCUGAGGCUGCGCCCGCGCCGCCCGACGCGUCUGCUUGCCAAAGUUCAACACUCGCGCAAUCUACGCGGUUACGUGUUGUUUACAUUGAUAGCGAGAGAUAUUACACUGUUUAUUUUUAAAUAUACCUAUU